AUGAGCGAUCCCGACAGUGAAGAUUCACUUAAAUCGGCAUCUUCGCAGAAAGAUAGGAAUGUGAACACGAAUACCCGACAACGUCGCAGAAAAAUGGAGCGUGUUUCCAAAACAUCAUCCGACACGACGAAGACUAACGUGAAGGCAAUGAGUGAGCACGACAGUGACUAUGGGAAUGUAAACAUGGACACUGAACAAUGUCGCAAGAAAAGGAAGCGUGAUUCCAAUGCCCCAUCCGAAAUUUCGAAGACCAACGUGAAAGUUCCGGCAUUUUCACCCGAUGAACCAGAGAUAUGGUUUGCACUCUUGGAAGGACAGUUUGAAAACUUGGAUAUCACACAAGACUCCGUCAAGUUUAAUUGUGUACUGAGUAACUUAGAUUUGAAUCACGCAAAGGCCGUGAAAGAUAUUAUAAUCCAACCUCCAGCCAAGAACCGUUAUGAGAAAGUGAAAACCGAACUGAUCCGACGCCUCUCCGCAUCGCAUGAGAAAAAAGUAAAGCAGUUGCUGAUACAUGAGGAAUUAGGUGAUCGGAAACCCUCACAAUUUCUUCGACACUUGUUGGAUUUGGCAGGACCCUCUGUCCCGGAAGAUUUUAUAAGGACUAUUUGGAGUAAUCGCCUACCCAAUAACAUUCAGACUGUGCUAGCAUCUCAGCCUACUCAUUCGGUGCAACAACUCGCGGACCUAGCAGAUCGCAUACAAGAGAUCACACAACCAAACGUCGCGUCCACUUCAUCGGCUGCCCCCGCUAUUGCACCAUAUGGCGGUGGCGCAAACAACGAAAUUGCAGAGCUGAGGAAAAUGGUGGAGCAUCUGGCGUUGAAGCUGGAGGAUCAUACAAGGGCUACGAGACGUUCUUAUGACCGUUCCAGGCCCCAGCAGCGUCGUACAUCCUCACGCCAGAGGUCUCGUUCAAACUCAUCGUACAGGAAGUAUCCAGUAUGUUGGUACCACGCGAAGUUUGGCUCCAAAGCUAGCAAGUGCUUGAAACCGUGCGAUUACAAGGCGGAAAACUCGAUGGGCAGUCGCUAA